CGUCUCUCUUGAUUGGCUGUUAUUUGUGCCUUCACACUUUCCGUAUUGCGGUCGGGUUUUGCUUCACCGCGAGCAGCAGCAGAAAUCAUCAUUCGUGUGUUUCGAACAACUUUCCCGUGGCGUCUCGUGAAUCAUGGCCACGCGCGGCGGCACGCGCGAGUUCUAUUUCAACACGGUGCUGUCGCUCGCGCGCUCACUGGCAGCCCACCGACCAGCGCCCGUCGAGAAGGUGCAGAAGUUAUUAUGCAUGUGUCCGUGCGACAGCCGCGGCGUCUUCAGUCUCGAUGUCCGGCGCAGGGAUGCUGUCAUCGCUCUGGCUGUGUUCCUGGUCGAGUCAGAUUUACAGCACAAAGACACGGUGGUAAGUUACCUGCUGAGUCUGCUCAAGGGUUUACCCAGAGUGCAGUGGGUGGAGGAGAAUGCUGGGAGGAAGUGUAAAGAGACUCUCCCCAUGGCGGAGAACUUCAGCUUCUGUCUGGUGACGCUCCUGUCUGACGUGGCUCAGAGAGACCCAGAGUCUCGCUCACAGAUUCUGGAAGCGGUCAUGGAAGUAAUGCAGUCUCUGCUGGAGAUCUGCCAGACGCCGGAGAACCAGGAUAAAGUGUACCUGUGCAGGUAUGCUGUCCCGUGUCUUCUGGGCGUGACUCGAGCUUUUGGUCGCUACGGUAACGGCGACGAGUCCCUCCUCUCGCAGCUGUUCCCGCGAGGAGCGCCGCAGCCGGCUCACCGCGUGUCCGUGGAGACAGAGGGCGUUCGGAGGAGAUCCUUCAAUGACUUCCGCUCUAUUCUGCCCAGCUCUCUGCUCACGGCCUGCCAGGGAGACACGCUGAGACGCAAGAGUGGCAUCGCCAACACUGACGCACAGGUGAGUCCGGACAGAGGUGGACCGUCGCCCUGCUCUCCUACAGCUCCGGGGCCGCAGUAUUUUGAAGGUUCUUAUCUGGCCGAUGGCAGUGCUGUGAAUCCAGAUUAUUACUUUACGACCGUCAGUUCCAGCUUCUCCAUCUCUCCUCUCUUCAUUGGUGCCAGUGGACUAGAAAUAAACGUCCCAUUAGAGCUGCUGAGACGCCUCUUACAGAUGGUGAAGCACUUUGUCUCAGAUUCAUUCCUAAAGACCCUGGACGCUGUCGUGGUCGAGGUUACGGAGGCAAAUCCAGCCGUCGACCUCUUUUACAAAGCCUUCAGCGACCCGCUGUAUGUCAGCAUGUUCAAGAUGCUGCGGGACACGCUCUAUUACAUGAAAGAUGUGCAAACGAGCUUCGUUAAAGAGGUUCAUGACUUCGUGCUGGAGCAGUUCAGCAGCAGCCAAUCAGAGCUCCAGAGGGUUCUCCAUGAGGAACGGUUGCCAGGGGAACCCAGUCCUCUCAAGCUCCGUUGUCAUGCCAACGCAGCCUGUGUGGACCUCAUGGUGUGGGCCGUCAAAGAUGAGCAAGGCGCUGAGAACCUGUGCACUAAACUGUCCGAGAAGCUUCAGUCCAAAACGUCCAGUAAGGUGAUCAUCGCUCACAUGCCGCUGCUCAUCUGCUGUUUACAGGGCUUAGGGCGUCUGUGUGAGCGCUUCCCUGUCAUCGCUCACUCCGCCACCGUGUCUCUGAAGGACUUCCUGGUGGUUCCGUCGGCUGUGCUCAUCAAACUCUAUAAGUAUCACAGUCAGUGCAGUUCAGGAGGCGGCGGGAUCAAAAUAAACGUGACCAAUGAGCAUUCUCAGUCCGCGCUCAACUUCCUGUCCAACAGGAAAGACCAGCCAUCCAUGUACGAGCAGCUCCGAGACAUCUCCAUCGAUAACAUCUGCAGAUGUCUGAAAGCUGGUCUCACUAUGGAUCCUGUGAUAGUGGAGGCGUUCUUGGCCAGCCUGUCAAACCGGCUCUACAUCUCCCAGGAGAAUGACAAAGAUGCCCAUCUCAUCCCUGACCACACCAUCCGAGCGCUGGGUCACAUCGCCGUGGCCAUGAGAGACAGUCCCAAAGUGAUGGAGCCCAUCCUGCAGAUUCUGCAGCAGAAGUUCUGCCAGCCGCCCUCACAGUUAGACGUGCUGAUUAUAGACCAGCUGGGCUGCAUGGUCAUCACGGGAAACCAAUACAUCUAUCAGGAGGUGUGGAACCUGUUCCAGCAGAUCAGUGUCAAAGCCAGUAAUGUGGUGUACUCUGCUACCAGAGACUACAGGGACCACGGAUACAGGCACUGCUCUCUAGCUGUGAUAAACGCCCUGGCAAAUAUCGCGGCUAACCUGCAGGGGGAGCAGCUGGUGGACGAGCUGCUGGUCAAUCUGCUGGAGCUGUUCGUUCAGCUCGGCCUGGAGGGCAAGAGAGCCAGUGAGCGCGCCAGUGAUAAAGGCCCAGCCCUCAAAGCAUCCAGCAGUGCUGGUAAUCUAGGUGUCCUCAUCCCUGUAAUCGCUGUGUUGACUCGCCGAUUGCCCCCCAUUAAGGAGGCCAAACCUCGCCUGCAGAAGCUCUUUAGAGAUUUCUGGCUCUAUUCUGUGGUCAUGGGUUUUGCUGUGGAAGGUUCUGGUCUGUGGCCUGAGGAAUGGUACGAGGGAGUGUGUGAAAUUGCCACUAAAUCCCCGCUGCUUACGUUCCCCAGUGGAGAACCGCUGCGUUCUGAGCUCCAGUACAACUCGGCACUGAAGAACGACACGGUUACUCCGGCGGAGUUAAGUGAUCUGCGCAGCACCAUCAUUAAUUUGUUGGAUCCGUCACCUGAAGCCGCCGCCCUCAUCAAUAAACUCGACUUCGCCAUGUGCACUUACCUGCUGUCUGUCUACCGGCUGGAGUAUAUGAGGAUGUUGCACUCGAAUGAUGCCGACCGCUUCCAGGUGAUGUUCAGAUACUUUGAGGACAAAGCCAUCCAGAAGGACAAAUCAGGCAUGAUGCAGUGUGUGAUCUGUGUGGGUGAUAAAGUCUUUGAGGUUUUCCUGCAGAUGAUGGCUGAGAAACCCAAGACUAAAGAGCAUGAGGAGGAGCUUGAGCGUCAUGCUCAGUUCCUAUUGGUCAACUUUAACCACACCCACAAGAGGAUCCGCAGAGUUGCAGAUAAAUACCUCUCAGGACUCGCUGAAAUGUUUCCUCACCUGCUGUGGAGUGGAAGAGUUUUGAAGACCAUGUUGGACAUCCUGCAGACUCUGUCUCUGUCCCUGAGCGCCGACAUCCACAAAGAUCAGCCGUACUACGACAUUCCCGACACCCCGUACAGAAUAACGGUCCCCGACACGCAUGAGGCGCGAGAGAGCAUCGUGAAGGACUUUGCCGCCCGCUGUGGAGAGAUCUUGAAGGAGGCCAUGAAAUGGGCCGCCUCCGUCACCAAAUCUCAUCUCCAGGAGUAUCUGAACAAGCAUCAGAACUGGCUGUCGGGUUUGUCUCAGCACACGGGUCUGGCGAUGGCCACCGAGAGUAUUCUCAGCUUUGCGGGAUACAACCGUCAAAGCACGACGCUGGGGAUGGUUACUGAGAUUGUAACUGAGGUUUUUGGGCAGAUUAAGGCAGCUUUUCCUCAGGUUACCCAGCUGACGGAGCGGCCCACCUGUGUAAAGAAGGAUUACUCCAACUUCAUGGCGUCGCUCAACCUGCGUAACCGUUACACCGGAGAGGUGGCCGGGAUGCUGCAUUUUGCCGAGGCGACGCACAGCGAGUCGAACCUCAGCAAACUGAUGAUCUCUCAGAUGAGCGACGCUCUGGACGCCAAAGACUCGGACGCCUUCAUGCAGAACAUGUUUAAGAUGACCGCUCUGUUCAUCAGCACUAAAGAAUGCGAUCUUCAGCUGCUGCAUCACCUCUGCUCGUCUCCUCUGAAGAUGUUCACGGAGCAGGGCAUGGAGACGGCCAUCGCCUGUUGGGAAUGGCUGCUGGCAGCUCGCAGUGGAGCUGAAGUCCAGUUCAUGCGUGAGAUGGCGGACGCCUGGCAGAUGACCGUCAAGCUGAAGAUGGGCUUGUUCUCGGAGACGGAGUCAGAGGCCGAUCCUUUAGCCGCUUCAGAAGAGAGUCAGCCGCUGCCUCGUCCACCCAACGUCACACCGCAUUCACUCUGGAUUGAGUUUCUAGUGCAGAGAUUUGAAAUCGCCAAGUACUGCAGUGCGGAUCAGGUGGAGAUCUUCACCUUUCUCCUGCAGAGGGCGCUGUCCAUCAGCGUCGGCGGACCCAAGAGCUGCCUGAACCGCCAUGUAGCCGCUAUAGGACCCCGAUUCAGGCUCCUGACUCUUGGUCUCACUCUUCUGCAUGCUGAUGUUGUGACCAAUGCCACCAUCCGUAAUGUCCUGAGAGAGAAGAUCUACUCCACAGCCUUUGAUUACUUCAGCGUGGCCCCACGAUUCCCCACUCAGCCCGAGAAACGCCUGCGCGAAGACAUCAGCAUCAUGAUCAAGUUCUACGCGUGUCUGCUGUCAGAUAAGAAAUAUCUCACAGCCAUUCAGCUCGUACCACCAGAUCCUCAGGACGUGUCUGUGAACAGUCUGUCUGUGAUGGCGGUGAUGGACUCCAGGAGCAGUCUGGACGCGGCUGUGGGCUCCAGACAGCAGGCCGGUCAGGGCUGGAUCAACACAUACCCGCUGUCCAGUGGAGUCUCCACACUCUCCAAAAAAUCAGGUCUGUCAAAGAAGACGAACAGAGGAACACAACUGCACAAAUACUUCAUGAAGCGCAGAACGCUGCUGCUGGCCCUGCUGGCCAGUGAGGUGGAGCGUCUGACCACCUGGUACAAUCCUCUGGGCAGCCAGGAGCUCCAGAUAUCAGCCGAACAGUCUGUGGAAACCAGCAUCGCCAACUGGAGGUCAAAGUACAUCAGCCUGACUGAGAAACAGUGGAAGGACAAUGUUAAUCUGGCGUGGAGCAUCGCGCCGUAUCUCGCCCUACAGCUGCCAGCCAGGUUCAAAAACACCGAAGCCAUUUUCUCAGAAGUGACCCGCUUGGUUCGGUUGGAUCCGGGAGCGGUCAGUGACGUUCCUGAGGCUGUGAAGUUCUUGGUGACGUGGCACACGAUUGAUGCUGAUUCUCCGGAGUUGAGUCACAUCUUGUGUUGGGCUCCGGCUGACCCUCCCACGGGCCUGUCGUAUUUCUCCAGCAUGUAUCCGCCGCAUCCGCUGACCGCGCAGUACGCCGUCAAAGUCCUGCGCUCCUUCCCUCCUGAUGCUAUUCUGUUUUACAUCCCACAAAUUGUUCAGGCUCUCCGUUAUGACAAGAUGGGGUACGUGAGAGAAUACAUCCUGUGGGCGGCACAGAAGUCUCAGCUUCUGGCACAUCAGUUCAUCUGGAACAUGAAGACCAACAUCUACACAGACGAGGAGGGACACCAGAAAGACCCUGACAUCGGGGAGCUUCUGGAGCAUUUGGUUGAAGAGAUCAUCAGUUCUCUCUCGGGUCCAGCUAAAGAUUUCUACCAGCGCGAGUUUGACUUCUUCAACAAGAUCACCAAUGUCUCAGCCAUUAUAAAGCCCAUUCCUAAAGGUGACGAGCGGAAGAGAGCGUGUCUGAGAGCCCUGUCCGAUAUCAAAGUCCAGCCAGGCUGUUAUCUGCCCAGUAACCCCGAGGCCAUAGUCCUAGACAUUGACUACAAAUCUGGAACGCCAAUGCAAAGUGCUGCCAAAGCGCCGUACCUGGCCAAAUUCAAGGUGAAACGCUGUGGAGUGAGUGAACUCGAGAAAGAGGGUUUAUUGUGUCGCUCGGACUCACUGGAUGAAGCUCAAAGUGGAGAAGACGCUCAGAAGAUCUGCUGGCAGGCGGCCAUCUUUAAAGUCGGAGACGACUGCAGACAGGACAUGUUGGCUUUGCAGAUCAUCGGUCUGUUUAAGAACAUCUUCCAGCUGGUGGGACUCGACCUGUUUGUUUUUCCUUAUAGGGUGGUAGCGACAGCACCAGGGUGUGGCGUCAUCGAGUGCAUCCCAGACUGUAAGUCCAGAGAUCAGCUGGGACGACAGACGGAUUUCGGGAUGUACGAUUAUUUCCGUAACCAGUACGGAGACGAAUCCACUCUGGCCUUCCAGAAGGCGAGGUAUAACUUCAUCAGGAGCAUGGCUGCGUACAGUCUGCUGCUCUUCCUGCUGCAGAUCAAGGACAGACACAACGGGAACAUCAUGCUGGACAGACAGGGACACCUCAUCCACAUCGAUUUUGGCUUCAUGUUUGAGAGUUCUCCGGGUGGGAAUCUGGGCUGGGAGCCGGACAUCAAACUGACGGACGAGAUGGUGAUGAUCAUGGGCGGGAAGAUGGAGGCCACGCCCUUUAAGUGGUUCAUGGAGAUGUGUGUGCGCGGAUACCUGGCCGUCAGGCCGUACAUGGAUGCUGUGGUUGCCUUGGUAACACUGAUGUUGGAUACAGGAUUGCCCUGCUUCCGCGGUCAGACCAUCAAACUGCUCAAGCAGCGUUUUAACCCUGGAGUGAGUGAGAAGGAAGCAGCGGCUUUUAUCAUCAAAGUCAUUCAGAACUGCUUCCUGAGCAGCAGGAGCAAAACGUAUGACAUGAUCCAGUACUAUCAGAACCAGAUCCCGUACUGAAGGCCAGAGAAACCUGUGUGUGUGAGACAGAGAGAGUGUGUGUGUGUUGCCUCUCACUGUCACACUGCUGUCACAGUCUGGUGUGUUUGUGCACUUUAUACACCUGAGAUGAGUUUGCAUGGAUUCAUACGCACUUAUAUCAGCACUUAUGAGACUCCUGUUCACAUGACACACUUUCUGCUGCAUGAUGAUUUAAAUUAUACUUGAUUUUAAAGUCAAUUUUGUGCCAUUUUGAGUUUUAUUUGAUGUGGUUUUGUUUAUUUGCCUUUAAUAAUUUCCAGGCAAAUCAUGUCGUUAUUACAGCAGAUGUGUUUAUGGUCUGGACUAGAGACAAAGGUCACAUUUUAGAAGUGAUAAAUUAAAACAUUAACGCACAAAAUAACAAAAAUCAGUAUUUGAUUGAUUUUAUUUAUUAUCAGGCAGUGGAGGAGAGAUGAAGAGUUUAAAUGUUUGUUAUUCUGUGAAUCUUGAUUUCUUUGCAGCUCUGAAUUUGUGUUAAUGAUAUUUGUGAUUUUAUGGUCACAUGACCUCUGAUCAAUCACUGCUUGUUUUGCAGUAUGUGACUGUGUUUAUUGAUCAGUCGAUUGUGCAGUAAGUGACUAAUCUUUGUACGCUCGUUUGUACGGUUGCAUUAAUUUUAUCCUUCCUUUGGACUAUUUAUUCUGUCUGUGAUAUUUAAUAAAUGUCUACAAUAAUUGCA